ACCGUGAGCAGUUUGAUUUCAACGCUGAGCCCCCUUGGGAUCCUAGCUGAUAGCAGGAGAGGUCAGCCGAUGACCUGUCCCUGUGACCUGCUUUAUCCCCGUCAGAACAUCGGAUUACAGAUGAGAAUGAAGGGAUCUCUCGAUGAACUGCACUGUUCGGUUGAGCUCCUAGAAGGAAGCACGGCUCAUCGUGAUGUCAUCGACAAACUCAUCCAAGAACAAACACUUGCACAGAAGAGUGCAUUUUUUGUAGCUGAUCUUGGGGUGAUUGUGUGGCAGCAAGUUCGCUGGAGGACUAAAAUGGAGCAGAUUCGGCCUUUCUACACAGUCAAGUGCAACAGCAGCCCAGUGGUUGUUGAAAUCCUGGCUGCUCUCGGAACUGGCUUUGUUUGCUCAAACAAGCACGAGCUGGAUUUAGUGAAGGGUUUUGGCGUCCUGUCUCAGGAUAUUAUCAUCGGCGGCACAUGUAAGCAGCUCUCCCAUAUCAAACGUGCAGCCAAACACAACGUCCCCCUGCUGCUGUGUGACAAUGAAGCAGAGCUGAGAAAGACUGCACGCUGCCAUCCUAAAGCAAAGGUGUUACUGUUGUUGACAUCAGAGAGGUGUUGUGAUCGAGAGGAGAUGGUCAUACCCUUUGUCUCCACACUGAAGGACUGCAGACAUCUGCUUGAGUGUGCCAAAGAGCUCAACCUGCAUGUUACAGGAGUCAAAUUCAACAUUCCCAGCUGUUGUCAGGACACUCAAUCGUUCUGUCGUGCCAUAUCUGAUGCCCGCUGUGUCUUUGAUAUGGGGGAGGAGCUCGGGUUUGAAAUGAAUAUUCUGGACAUCGGAGGAGGCUUUGAUGGAAGUGAAGCACAGUUAGAAAAGGUUAACAGAACACUGAAGCCCAUGCUGGACAUGUAUUUCCCUCUCUCGACUGGUGUGUCAAUCAUCGCUGAACCCGGAGCUUAUUAUGUGUCUGCUGCUUUCACGCUGGCCGUGAAUAUAGUCGCAAAGAAAUCAGUCGGGCGGGAUUUCAGUGGCCAACCACACAAUGCACUGUCAGGAAACGAUGAGCCAGAGUUUCUCUACUACAUGAAUGAUGGUGUUUAUGGGUCUUUUGCCAAUAAGUUGCUGUGUGAAGAUUCUAUACCAGUGCCGUCACCGCACAAGGAGGUGUUUGCAGAUGAACCGCUGUUCUCCAGCAGUCUGUGGGGGCCGUCUGAUGAUGAUCUGGAUCAGGUGCUGGAGAGAUGUCUGCUGCCAGAACUCACUGUGGGAGACUGGCUCCUGUUCAGCAAUGCAGAGUUCACAUUCACUCACACAGAUGAACACAAACCGCCCGUCUUCUACACGAUCACUGAAUGCGACUGGAAAGAGAUUCAUAAUUGUGGUGUCACUCUGAACACAAGGAUGAAAAACGUCUCUUUGGUACCGUGUUGUCUGCAACCAAGCAUGUCCAAGACAUCCAUUUCUACCCCAGCGUAACAUAAAUCAACUGGGUUUUGUUGCGAUUAUUAAUAUUAUUUUGUAAAGGGUUAUUUUAAGUGCUUAAGAGCCUCAGCUGCUUCUAAGAAGUUUGGCUGGGACCAGAAAAUAAAAUGAGUAUUAUUGACCAUAAUGACUUAAUAUUCAUCAGAACUGGUGGUUAUAUAAUAAAUCGGUGUGAUUAGCUUUAACAAAAUGGGCCUGUUGGCAUUUACAAAUAUUUUAAAUUAUAUUUAAGUCAAUAUACAUAUUGCAUAUAAUAUUUCCUGUUAUUAAUUAAAGUCAAUCAUGUACCCAACAGGGAAAAGUUGUUUAUUAAACCUGAAGUCUAUGAUAUCAUUAGAUGCUGUGCAUGAAAUAUGCACUUGUUUUUGUGAUUUGGAUUAAGAAUGAUUAUGUACAUUUAGACUGAAUAAUGGUGAUCUUGGUCACGUGUUUUUAGAGAUCAUUUGGUGCAAGAAUAAGAUUAUUCUUGGAACGCAUUAUGAUUUUGUGGACAAAAUGCAUUGGAAACAGUACGUCUCUCAUGUUGAAAUCUUGGGCCUGAAACAUACUUAACACAAGUAUGCAUUUCACCUUUUAAGAGUGUGGCCUUUUUAGGGUUCCCACGCGUCCUGGAAAACCUGGAAUUUUGCAAUGCGGUUUUCCAGUCAUGGAAAAGUCAUGGAAAAUGAGAAAAAUACCCUAAUGUCUUGGCAAAUAAUUAUUUGUCCUGGAAAAUAUUUUAGUAUAAUAGAACUGUUUGACUUUGUUGCUAACACGUUUUUUUUUGUUUUACAUGUAUAAAAACAUGGUAACGAUCCGGACUCCGAAAAGGAGUCAAAUACACAAAUUUGCAUCGUUUUGCCACUGCCGACAGCUGCGCAUUGUCAAACAUCGUCAACGGUUGACUGACAUGAACGAAUCCCUGUCACGUACAUUCUCUACUCAUCUGCUGUCAUCUCUAGAUUGCUUCGAUGAAAUUGUUUAUCCCUUGUGCGACCUUCAGGACAUUUUUGUCUUUUUCAUUUUUGUUUUUUCGAUCAUUUUGGCUGUGUUAAUGCCAACGGCAUACAUGUGUAUUUUUGGGGGAAUUUUGAUAUUUCAACCUCAGUUCCUAUAAUACAUCUAUAACACACCGUGUACACAAAAUAGUUACACUCAGGACCUUCAGGACAAAAAUGUCCCCAUUGAAACCCAUUAAAACUGCAAUAUUUGAUCCCAGUGCCAUUAAAGCAUAAAAUCAUGAAUUCUGUGAUAUUAUGCUUUCAUUCCAGAGCCCUGGCUUCAAAAUUUAUAUUUUUAAUAUUUUCCACCAGAUGGCGCCAUUUUGCUCAUGUUUAGCCUAUGGAGCAAAUACAAGCUUUUUCCCUAUUUUCUGUUUUCUGUAUUAUAGAGCACUGCAGGACAAUUGAAUAAAUGAUGCAGCUAAAAUUGUGUGGGUGUGUUGGUAUGGAUGUCAGAGUGUGUUUUGUAUGUGUGUAUUGAGAAAUGUGUGUGUGUGUGUGUGUGUG